CGUUUCGCCUGCAGUCGUUGAAGGCGCUGCUAGUGGUUCUUUGUCGUUGCAUUUGUGGUUUUUUGCAAGUUUAACGAUGUCUUCAGGCGGUGUGGUCGUGGAAAACCGUAACGAAGGAAAUAAGAGGCUGUCGUGUCCUUUGUACGGCUGUAAAAGGGUUUACACUGAUUCCAGUUCUCUUCAGAGCCACAUAAAGGACCAUGAGAUCCCUGCGCAGUCUGUGCCAGGUAAAGCGAUGAUGUGUUCAAUGAUCGGCUGUGGCGGCUCUUUUCCGAACAUGCAGAAGCUGAUGGAGCACCUGAGACACCACCACAAACCAAACGUCUACUUCCUGUGUGAGAGCUGUCAUGCCAAACUGCGAUCCUACCGUGGACUCCUCCAUCACCUGCGCUCCUGCUCCAAAGCCCCCAAACCCAAGUAUAACCAUGACCCCUCUCCCUCGUCUUCCUCUACUCCCCCUGUCCCGAUGGAAGUGGAACCAACAAAACCAACAGUGCCCCCACAGGACAAUCUGAACCCCCCUCCUGCCUCUUCUGCACCACCACAACCACAAGUUCCCCCAGUCCUUACCCCAUCCAACCAGCCCCAACAGCCCCCACAACCCAACAACCUCCCUCUCCCCUCCCCAGACAACGAUCUUGCCGAGCCUCGUUUAAUUCAGCAUAUCAUAGAUUCAACAGUAAAUGCUUUGUUUUCGAAAGAGAACCAACCAAUCAGCCCAGUCCCAGAGAUGCAGCCCGAAGCAAACCCACCUGAAAGCCAGAUCCACCAGAGAGCGAAAACGCCAGAAAACCCAGGACCACCCAAACUGACUCCACAAACUGCUCCCGUCAAUGUCUGGAGAGCUGGUCAAGGCCCCGAGAAACGUGUCCUCUGGCAGCACACCAGGGGGCGCUACACCUGUGUUCAGUGCGGUCACACCGUCACAAACCGAAAAGAGAUGACGGAGCACAGCACAUAUCACAGUGACACCCACGGCCCCAAAGAGGAAACCAAGAACCCAGCCACAACCAGCAGCUAGUCUGACUUCACCAAAUAUGGAGAAAGAGAAACCUGUGGUGCAGCAUCCUUUGAUUAGAAAGCUUUGAAGUAUGAACGAUUGGGUUUUUUGGGGG